UACUUAUCCGGUGAUUAGCGUUUAAAUAGACAGAAGGGAGAACAGUGCUUUCAGACGCGGCGACUGAAGCGCUCGAAUAAGUAUCGCGUAAUCUCGAAAGAAAGAAAAGGAGGAAAAAGCGCGCCGGGGUGAAAGGGAGGCGAGCCGGUGCGGAAGUGCGCGCAGACGACACGAAGGUGCACGGGGGGAAAGCGAAGAACACGGAGGAUGUAGACGGGCGGACGAGAUUGCGCCAGGACCGAAGGGAGUAGAGACGGCGGUAACGGCGAUAGUAGGACGUGAUCGGAGAAAAGAGGGGCAAUCGACUACUACGUUCGCCUCGGCAGGCGAACGAGCAGCACAGACGAGUAAUCCGUCGGCAACAGUAGACAAACGGCAGUGUCGGUGCUAAAAGGCGGGGACCGUCGUCGCUCGAGCGUGACCGCGUGUGUAAGCUUAACAGCGACGCCAGUCACUCUCACUCUUUUUCCUUCCCUCUCGCACCCUCUCUCCCGUUUUUCACCUCCGUCCCUCUUCUUCCGCUUCGCCUCCCCCUUUCGUGCAUUUUGCCGACGGCUGACCGAAAGGAGAAAGACAAUCAGGACGACGAGUGCCGCAACGACGGUGAAGAAAACCGGUGGUCGACGACGGACAGUCGUUAUUCGAGUUUAUCGAGCCGGGACGAUAGGAAGCGGUGGCGAACGUGCCCUGCCUGCCGAUAUUCACUCGCAAAUCGCUCGCUCGCAACGCAUUUCAUCUCACGAGUCGCGAUCCACGCGGGAAGGAAACGACCGACCGACCGGCUCCGCCGCGUCAAAGGGAAGUAACAACGAUCGCGGAAGCAGAAGAGGAGGUGCCGAGGUUGUUGCCUCCGCGCUCGCCGUUCUCGAGCGCGAAAGGUGGUGCGUCGCGUGCCGCGCGUUUAUGUGCGCGGUCAGGUGACAGGAGGAGGGACGACGACAGUCGUGGGGUGCUUCUGCUGCUUCUACGAGAUUGUAUAGUCGUCAACGAGCUGCUGCCGGCUUCGUGGAGUUCGAGGAAAAAGGGUCUUCGGAGGCGGCAGCGAACGGAAGUGGACAGGAGAAAGAAGAAUCAUCGACGCGAGAGAGAAAGGAAAGGGGCGAGGAAUAGCAGAUCCUAUUCAAGAUGACGAGCGCAGUAACAAGUCUGGUGGAUAGUUAUAGAGACAUUAUGGACAAUCAGUCCGAUCCCAGGGUAAACGAUUGGGCGAUGAUGAGCAGCCCGUUUCCGACCCUGGCGAUAUGCAUCUCAUACGCUUACUUUAGCAAAGUUCUGGGACCGAAGCUGAUGGAAAACAGAAAGCCUUUCGAUCUUCGGGGGAUCCUCAUAACAUACAACCUUCUACAGACUUUCUUCUCCGCGUGGAUAUUUUAUGAGUAUCUGAUGAGCGGUUGGGCGAAAGGAUACAGUAUCCGAUGCCAACCGGUGGACUACUCGUCCAGCUCGAUGGGGCUUAGAAUGGCGAGAACCUGCUGGUGGUAUUACUUUAGCAAAUUCACCGAAUUCUUCGAUACGCUAUUCUUUAUUCUGAGGAAGAAAAACCAGCACGUUUCAACGCUUCACGUAAUUCAUCAUGGGGUAAUGCCUUUCUCCGUAUGGAUGGGGGUAAAAUUCGCACCGGGCGGCCACAGCACUUUCUUUGCCCUUCUGAAUACCUUCGUACAUAUUGUGAUGUACUUCUAUUAUAUGGUAGCCGCGAUGGGACCACAGUUCCAGAAGUACAUCUGGUGGAAGAAGUAUCUCACUGGCAUGCAAAUGGUGCAAUUCGUGAUGAUCAUGUGCCAUCAGUUCCAAUUGCUGUUCACCGAGUGCAACUAUCCGCGAAGCUUCAUGAUUUGGAUCGGCUUGCACGGCUGUUUGUUCUUCGGGCUGUUCUCGGACUUCUACAAGAUGAAGUACACGGAUGACUCUGCGAAGAAAGGGAUGCAGAACGGCACAUCCGGCGGCGGCGGAGCUUGUAUGCCGAUUUUGGACGAGAACGGCAGCGCGACGCACAACGGCGUGUCCUCAUAUGCCACAAUCUACAACAAGGAGUACAACAGUUGUUACAGUAACGGCACGAACAACGGUUACGUUGCCAACAAUAAUGUCACGGAGAAAAAGCUCGCUUAGGACACAUCGCGGCCUCGUUGGGAGCUCGAACAUUUUUUUUUGGUGUGCCGAUCAGCUGCUCGUUUUGUCGUACCUACAGUUACUACUACUCGUUUACUAUAAAGAAUCAUCUCGCAACACGUUUGCGAGCUUAUGCGCGAAAUUACGAAGUCAAAUUGUGCGCACAUGUACGGAGAACGAAGAGACGACGAGGUUCAAAAGGAUGGACAAAUAUAAAGUGAGUUUCCUCAAAUAAUUCUGCGUUGUUAGCAGAGCAGAAGCUGUGUUCACUAACAUAGAGUCAUUAACGAAAGAGCUAUUACGACGUCCAUGUUACAAAAUAAAUAAGAAAAAAAUAAGAAAAAAACUUGAUAAAACGCGCGCAAUCAAUUGCUAAAAGAAAAGAUAAACAUCGCACAGUUUUUAUUUUCGAUAGUUCUCGUAAAAUGUCGUGUGAUUUUUAAAUUAGAGCCUCGUGUUAUCUGCCACUCAAAAAUAGUACAUCGAUUAUAUAUCAUCGGUAAUCAUUAAUGAGAGAGCUUAACGAAAUGAAGAAAGAGAGACUAGUUUCGCGGUUUCUGUAUUUGGCGUUUACGACAGAAAUCGCGCCGCGAUUUGUAAAAUCGUUAAAUUUCGAAUAGCUUAAUAAAGCUACUUAAUGAAAAGAUCACGACUCGACGAGACGCGGGAAUGUGAGAAAUGAUGCGAGCGAGACAUACAUUUAGAACGCGUACACACAUACACGAUGAAGAAUGUAGAACAUUCCUCGUCGAUGAUUAUAUUAGGCGAGAGGGCGAUAUAUGCGUGCAUUUUUUCGCCAGUUGUGUACGUGCCGAGUACGAGUGUGGAUGUUUCUUAAUUGUACGUAAUUUUUCAAGGCAUUUUUCAUUGAGGCACGUUGCUGAAAUUUAUAUCCUCUUUGCCUUUUACUAUUAUUAUAGACUCUGUCUAGAUCCGAUGUGUUUGAAAAGUUGGUGUGCUUUGAUAAGAUCGUUUGGCAGAGUUGAUUGUAUAAUUAUGUUGGCAGUUGCAAAUAAUUCAUAAAGUUUUUACCGGUAAUCGUGGAAAAUUAGUGCCUCGCAUAUAUACUUUUUAAAAAAGCGGAAUUUCCCGAAUAUAUGCUAUUAUUUAAUCAGCUUUUCAAAUAAAACGACGACUUAUAAAUCCUAAAUUCGCUGCUCCAUUAGUCUCAAAUAUUUUUUAGAUAUUCUGGAUUACCUAUUUUGUCUUUUUGUUAAACUGUGUAUCAUUUAUUUAUAUUGUUCUAUAUUGCGUGAGAUAUAGUGGAAAUUUUUUCAACGUUGAUAAUGCAACAACUUGUGUAUUUAUAUUGACAAUUUGUACUUUUCCUCGUUAUUUUGCAAGAAUUUUGCAAAAACAUUACGAAUUAUUAGCGGCAUGUGCCAACUGUGUAUUAGCUAACGUGACUUUCCAUGUAUUUGAUUCGUUCCACGGCUUGAUUCUAUCCACUGACAACGCAGUGGUGAGCUGCGAUAAGUUGCGGAAAAGAAUUUAUUCGUUGCUUCGAUCGUUUUCUUUUAAGUACAAAGCGGCAAUAUAAGCCGCACUGCGGUUCGUUAUUAUUGUGCACAAUACAACAUAAGCGCUGUAAUCGAUCGGAAAAAAGUACACGACAUUCAAGUUGCGAGAGUCACGAAACUUCAGUGUCGUAGAAUCAAGCUUCCAGAAAGAGAACGCGCGCACUGCGCCUCUCUUUACGCACGCAAUCCGCAAGUUUGAUCACGACGGACGCAGAAUGGGUCGAACGAAUGCGAAUGUGUUUCAAGUAUUAUGUAUACACACGCGCGACUAAAUAUUAUAUUCGAGGGAAAAGGCAAACGUUUAGAGAUCGUCGCACUACAAAAAUUAAUAUAUUUGUACACUUCCUAUUUUUAUGAAUAUAUUAUUUAUGAUGAUCUAGACAAAAAUAAAAUUUCUGAUGAUAAAACGUUUCUCUCGACCACUGAACCUCGGCUAUUUUUACAUGCGCAUACGCUAAGCCCUAUCGAACGUGAAUGAGAGACUUCAAAAUAUAUAGUUUUACGUCGUGUUCACCAUAAUGAGCUCCUUUAUGAAAGUAUAAUUGGUAUCAAUUAGUGACAUUGUGAAACAACCGGAACUGAAGUAUUGUCACCAAAAAGCGUUCGUGCACUCUGCAUUUAUACGUACAACGAGUUUCGCAUUUGUGAAACAUUCGGACGUUCUUUUUUCCCCAAACGCAAUGACUUCCGAUCAUUCUCGAAAGCGUAUUCUUGUACAAGCGAUACUUGUUGAAAUUUAACUCUUGUAUGCAUAACUUUCACUUCCACACUACAAAGUUUCGACAUCGUAAUAUGCGUUGCUGUGUUAAAAAAUACAUUUUUGCAACAGCUGAUAGAAAUUAAAUAUCUUAUUUAUCUUUAUUUAUAUUGAAAAAUUAGUGAAACGUAAUAAAAUAAAAUUUAUUUGUAAUAAAUCAAGAUCACAAUCGGACCUUUCGUCUUCUUUCGAAAUGACAUCGAUUUUUGUAAAUCCACAAGAAACUAAUUACAUGUUGUCGAUGUUCUUAAAUUAAAAAAGGCUAUAUUUAAAUCUUAUUUUUUGGCACCGAACUCUUUCAGUGUCUUAGUAAAAUAUGGCGCGCGUUAUCAGAAAACAACACUUGUACAAAGAUAUCGUCACAAAAGCGUAAUAAUGACUUAUAUAAGUUUACUUGCGUAUAUCAGAAUAUAAAUUACAAAGAUGUCGAAACUACGUGUAUCUCCAUAGAUUGUUGUAUGCAUACUAGAGUUAAUUUACGGACACAUUUCUUAAGUUUCCGAGCUGUUGCAAUGCAUUCCGGAAUUGACGUUAUAAUCGCCGAUUUUGCAUCGUCAAUUUGAUUGUUCACUAUACAUAUAUCGAAAUUUAGCUUCGCUGCUCUGGUUUAGCAUAAGCGUAAUAAAUAACGAAGUUCCCAUUAUAACAAAAAAAGCAAAUGACAACGCAUAUAGUUCGAAAAAAAACUGCCAUAAUGAAGUGACAGAGCGUACAUAAAAUUUCAUAAGAGCAAAAGGCGUGAAUUAAAAGCGAAAUAUAAAUUAGGAGUAUAUAGUGAAGUCUUGAAUGUUUGAAGAUAGAUCUUGUGCUCUUUAUCUUAUGCACAAUACUGCGAUUAAAAAAAAGUUAAGCUAACUGGUUAAAUCUACUGUUAUGUUUUAUCAAUCUUGUUUAAUUUUGCGAUACUGUGGUAUUACAGUAAUAAUGUACUAAUUAAUGUGUUUGUGAAGAAAAUAUUUUGGUAAAACAGUCGUACUAUUUUUAUGAGAGUUAACACGUAAAUUGUUAUAUUGCGAUGAUCUUUUUAGAUUUUGACUCAAUAAUGUUUUUAGCGAAAAAAAUAAGUCAUGUUACAAGUUUGGAAAAACUGAAUUUAUUAUGCAAUUUAUUUAAUUUCUUGUUUAAUGCUUAAAAAUCUUGUUUCCUUUAUCAAAUUACUAAUAAAGGAAUGUAUUAUACGAGGAACUUUUUGCUAACACACACAGAAAUAGGGAAAAGCUUUCGACUUUUAUUCUAUAUUAAUGAAUGCAACUUUUUUGAUAUCUUGAAUAUCAUUGCUACUGUGUUUUUACUUGGUUGUAUUUUAUUAGCUUAAACAAGCGAACAGAGACUUCUUUCAUAUGUAUUAAUCGCACAUUGUUUCUAAUGAGAAACGACAUCGACUCGAAUUGCUCUCCGUGGUUCCGCAGUACAGCUUUAAUCUUUUAUAAAUACAAAUUUCCAAUGGAAGAAGUGACUGCUUUUAUUGACAACGGAUUAAGCAAUACAACGCAUUUCUAUCUUACUCUUUUAAUUUAAUUUAAUUUAAUGAAACAAUUAUAUGCUUUACCGUUUUUCUUUUUUUUCUGAAUUGAAAUUAUUUUAUUUUUAAAAUAAAAUCCAAUUUUUCAAAAUUUAAACCUAACAAAAAAGAAAUAUGUCACAAAAUAUCCCAGAUAUUUCGGAUAUCAUUUUAUUUGAUUGAUCACAGAUUUUGCACAAAAUGCAAACAAUCAUAUAGAAUUUCGCAGCACCAUUUUGAAUAAUAAAACGAUUCUUUUACAUCAAAGAGCGAUCUGCGUGUAAUAUUUUUAUGUAUUUUUGAUGUAUUAUCACGUUUUAUUAUGUUUUAAUAUGUAUUUUAAUAUUCUGUAGGCAUACUUCUCAAAGAUUUAAUGAAAGCGCGAGAAGCUGCGACAAUGAGAGCGUAUCGCGUCAUGUACCUAAAUAUUACGAACUCUGUAAUGAUUCUCGUCAUAUUUUUGUAAUAAUUGGGAAAAAUUACGAGAGAAUAAAGCGAUUAAAUAAAACUUAA